UCAGUGCGACACUUAUUCUUACGAAACAAAAUGGCGUCCUACUAUUUCACUGUCACUCGGUUGCGGCUGGCACUUGGAACCGGUGGAAGGCGCCUUCAUGUCUCUGCUGCCCUCAGUGCCCAGGCCAAAGUGGCAAUGAGCCGCUUUGAGCCUGGUUCCAGCAUUAAAUAUGAGAGGAUGCAUGAGAACAUCAACAUUGUGCGCAAGAGGCUCAACAAACCUCUCACUCUGUCAGAGAAGAUUGUGUACGGUCAUCUGGAUGAUCCGGCCGGGCAGGAGAUCGAACGCGGUCGCACGUACCUGCGCUUGCGUCCGGACCGCGUGGCUAUGCAGGACGCUACAGCUCAAAUGGCGAUGCUUCAGUUCAUCAGCAGUGGUCUACCCAAGGUGGCAGUACCGUCCACUAUCCACUGUGAUCAUCUGAUUGAAGCUCAGAUUGGCGGGGCUCAAGACCUGCAGAGGGCUAAGGAUGUAAACCAGGAAGUUUAUAACUUCCUAGCAACUGCUGGUGCCAAAUAUGGAGUUGGCUUCUGGAAACCAGGUUCAGGGAUCAUCCAUCAGAUCAUUUUAGAGAAUUACGCAUAUCCUGGGGUGAUGCUGAUUGGUACAGACUCACAUACUCCAAAUGGUGGUGGUUUGGGUUGCGUGUGCAUCGGAGUUGGUGGAGCUGAUGCCGUGGAUGUCAUGGCUGGAAUCCCUUGGGAGCUCAAGUGUCCCAAAGUGAUUGGAGUCAAGCUAACAGGGUCCUUGUCUGGCUGGACCUCUCCAAAGGAUGUCAUCCUGAAGGUGGCUGGCAUUCUCACUGUAAAGGGUGGCACAGGUGCCAUUGUAGAGUAUCAUGGGCCUGGAGUUGAUUCAAUUUCUUGUACAGGAAUGGCCACCAUCUGCAACAUGGGUGCUGAGAUUGGAGCUACCACGUCCCUUUUCCCCUACAACCAUCGCAUGAAGACAUAUCUUGAAAAAACGGGUCGUGCAGAGAUUGCCUCUUUGGCUGAAGAGUUCAAAGAGGAUUUGGUCCCAGAUGAUGGUUGCGAGUACGAUCAGAUCAUUGAGAUUAACCUGAGUGAGUUGAAGCCACACAUUAACGGCCCUUUCACCCCCGACUUGGCCCACCCGGUCUCUGACAUUGGUGCCAUUGCUCAGAAGAGUGGCUGGCCCCUUGAGGUUAAAGUUGGCCUGAUUGGGAGCUGCACAAACUCCAGUUAUGAGGACAUGGGCAGAGCUGCCUCUCUUGCCAAACAGGCUUUGGAUAAAGGCAUGAAGUGCAAGUCCCAGUUCACAGUCACCCCUGGUUCAGAACAAAUCCGUGCCACUAUUGAGAGGGAUGGAUAUGCCAAGAUCUUGAGUGAUGUUGGUGGGAUUGUACUAGCCAAUGCAUGUGGACCUUGCAUUGGUCAGUGGGACAGGAAGGAUGUGAAAAAAGGAGAGAAGAACACUAUUGUCACUUCCUACAACAGGAAUUUCACUGGCCGAAAUGAUGCUAAUCCAGCUACGCAUGCUUUUGUCACCUCCCCUGAGAUUGUAACCGCCUUGGCUCUCGCUGGGACCCUCGAUUUCAACCCAGAGACAGACUACUUGACCGCUCCUAACGGAGAGAAGUUUAAGCUUCAGCCCCCCAGUGGUGAUGAGCUGCCCUCCAGAGACUUUGACCCUGGUCAAGACACCUACCAGCAUCCUCCAGCUGAGGGCAGCUCUGUUAAGGUGGAUGUAAACCCCUCCAGUAACCGCCUGCAGCUACUGGAGCCCUUUGACAAGUGGCACGGAACAGACCUGGAAGACAUGAAGGUCCUUAUAAAGGUGAAGGGAAAGUGCACCACUGAUCACAUCAGUGCUGCCGGGCCCUGGCUGAAAUUCCGUGGUCACCUGGACAACAUUUCUAACAACAUGCUGAUCGGUGCCGUUAACACAGAGAAUGAUGCCGUCAACAAAGUCAAGAACCAUCUUACCGGAGAAUAUGAUGGAGUGCCAGAUGUGGCUCGCCACUACAAGGCCAACGGAGUCAACUGGGUGGUGGUUGGAGACGAGAACUAUGGUGAAGGAUCCAGCAGAGAGCAUGCCGCCCUGGAGCCUCGACACUUGGGAGGACGGGCCAUCAUUGUCAAAAGUUUUGCCAGAAUCCACGAAACAAACCUGAAGAAACAGGGCCUGCUGCCGCUAACUUUUGCAAAUGCUAGUGACUAUGACAAAAUUCGUCCCGAUGACCACAUCUCAAUCACCGGCCUGAAAUCCUUUGCCCCUGGCAAGCCCCUGACAGCGGUGGUCAAACAUAGCGAUGGCAGCGAGGAGUCCAUCUCCCUGAACCACACUUUCAAUGAGACACAGAUUGAGUGGUUCAAAGCUGGCUCCGCCCUCAACAGGAUGAAGGAGCUCCAGUAGUUGGUUGAGGGAAGUAAGGCAAGGCUUCCAGUUGCCGUUGAGGGUUAUUCGCCUGGGUGAAGAAGGUGAGGAAUGUGAGCAGAUGGGUAAAAGCGAAAGAGACUGUGAAUACAACGAUGGUCACCAGACUUAGUUGAGGCACACUUAUAGUUCUUUUUGGAAAGAGCACAUCGACACACACACAAAGUCGCUGGACAGAUGAAAAGCGCACAUCGCCGCAUAGGGCCGCAGCCAACUUUGUGUGAGAAGUUUAGCAAAUCAUUUCUUUCACGGCAGCCUCAUACUAACUGGCAGUAUUUUUUAUGUCAGUCUUGGUCACACACACUGUUUGCGUAUGGCUUAAGCACAUGUGACUCGAUGGAGUUUCAUACAUUGUCUUUUCUUUGUUUUUUCCCCAAACAUCACAAAUCACUAUUAUUACUGUACCAUCAAAAUUACUGUAACUCCCGGCCUACAGAGCGCACCUGGUUUAAAGCCUCACCCAGUACAUUUGUAAAGGAAAUACCAUUUGGUACAAAAAGCUGCAAGUGCCCACAUUGAAACACAAGAUACAGUAUUUACAAAGAAAGACGGUACACAGAGAGAUUAACGCUAGCGCUGUUCCGCUAGCGCUAAGGCUGCUGUGCUAAGAGGGCCGGUUUAAAAAAAAAAAAAAAACAUACUGGUAAAAAUCACUGAGACACGGCAGCGCUAACAGGGCCGGACCGGUAAAAGUCACUUCCUCGGUCUCACUUUUACCUUUUCUGCUGAAGUGCCCCCUUGCAGCCGUUAGAAAAAAAUGCAGAAAUUAGCCACACCACCGCAUAAACUGCAAUAAAAAAAAAGUGAUAAAAGUGUUAGGUGUUAAAUAGCUCUAUUUUCCGUCCAAACAGCCUUUAAAAGCAGAAUGUGAUUCAGAAACACUCCUCUAUUUAAAUUAUUUUUUAUGUUUGUCAUUUCCAGUGUAAUUAUUUACUCGGAUGUCCUGCCAUAGUUGAUCUCAAUACUGCAAACAAAAUAGCCCUCACAUUAUACAAGGCCUUAUUACCCUGAUGUGUGACUUUGUCUGUCUUAUGCUAAACCAUCUAGAUGCUGCUAUUGUUAGAUAUGACCUUGCUUUUUUUAAGUCUUUUUGCAUAAAUGAAAUCUGCAGUGGAUACAUUUUUGGUAGCUAAUGAGAUAACUUUUGGCAUACCUGGUAAAUUAAUGCUUUCUCAAAUUGCAUCCAGAUACCUGUAAAAACUAUUAAAAAAAAAUCUUUCUUAAGGGGUUUGGGCCUCCAUAACAUUUUGUUUCAUAUACCGAAUGCACAAUCUAGUCCCACUAGCACUUUUGUUCCUGAAGUAUGUCAGUGAUUAUUUUGGACACAAUAUAGAACGAAAUAAUUUUGCAUUCAUACACGAAUUCUCCUGCAAAUUCAGAACUUGUGGUUAUUUUUGUUUGUCUUGUCAUUCUACAAUCAAGGAUUUUUUUUUUUCAUGUUCAACUUUCCACAAAUGUACGUAAAUGCCACUGUUUGUUGGAAAUCACGUGCUAUAUUGCUGCACUAUGUAUAGAACUGUGUACAUAACAAAAUAUAUAUAUACGUAUAUAAAAAAGGUGAGUUAUUUACUGUCUGCCGCCGGUCCAGAUGAGAGCUACACCCCUUUGUGGUCCUUAUUCAUCAUUUGGAUAUCUAUCUAUACUUACAGAAAUAUUGUUACUGCAUUUGACAGUGAUUCCAUAUGUGGUACCAGUAAACUCAACUUGAAAUGUUUUGAGAAUAAGGUAAAUGUGGGCAGAUGGUUAUCCCUGAUUUUAGCUUCUUCUCUUGUAAGGCAAGGUGAGACAAUUUUGUUUGAUUGUGACCUUUCACUUGAAAAUAAAUGACAGUUGAAAUCGCAUUAUCAAUGAAGGUGGUGUGUGGUCGAAUUCCCUCUUGACAUACUUCGUUGGUCUGCUACGGCAAAAAGAAUCACACGAGAACAAAUGGUAAUUUAUUUUGAUUAUUCUCAAAACUGUCAAAUUUACAAUCCUGAUUUUGUAGUUCAUUAAAAAACGUGUGCCAUUUAGUAUGAUGAAAUGUUACAAUGCUAAUACUGUAUUAAAAUCCAAUUGAUUUGGCUGUUGCAGUCUGUUUAAUAAACUAUUGAUAAUAAAAGAG